CAGUCAGCGACGCAAGAUGGCGGUCCCUACGAAACAGUAUGGGCUGAUCUUGCCUCAGAAAAAAGGAACAGCAAAGAGUGGAGCCCUGCAAAGACCAUCAGUGUUUGGAGAUGACUCUGAUGAUGAAACAACAGUUGGGGAGAGUCUACAGAGAGAAGCUGCCAAAAAGAAGAUGAUGAAGCAGACACGUUUGGAAAUGCAGAAGGCCUUAGAUCAGGACAGCACUGUGUAUGACUACGAUGCUGUGUAUGAUGACAUUCAGAAACAGAGACUUGAGAGCAACAAGAAAAUUCUUGGAGGAGCUGACAAAAAGCCAAAGUAUAUCCAUCAGUUGAUGAAAGCAGUUGAAGAGCGAAAGAAAGAACAAGAACGAAGGGAUGAGAGAAAGAUCCAAAAGGAAAGGGAGGCAGAGGGAGAGCAGUUUGCUGAUAAAGAGGCUUAUGUUACCUCAGCCUACCGGCAAAAACUCCAGGAGAGGAAGGAGGAGGAAGAGAGGGAGAAGAGAGAGGCAGCGAUGGAGGCUGCUUUGGAUGUGAAGAAGCAAAAGGACCUGAGUGGCUUCUACCGACACCUGUUGAAUCAGACUGUAGGAGAGGAACCCAUACCAGAACGGUCUGCUAACAGUACUCAGAGUUCAAAGGCCUCAGAAGACACAGAGAGGACAUCACCUGUCCCUUCACCACCGUCCCGUGACAAAAGUUCAUGUAGUGACAGUGAGGAGGGGCAUGAGCAGAAAUCUGGGUUUAAUAAGCCUGCAGCAGGUGCAGGACACUCAAAACGACAGUACAGACAAAGGUCUCCAUCCUCAGGGAGUGGAGAGGAAAGAGAAAAGGAAAGGGAACGAGAAAGAGACAGGGACAAAGACAGGCAUAAGAAGAGUCAUAGAGACCAAGACAGAGACAGGGGGAGGGACAGAGAUAGGGACCGAGAUAGAGAAAGAAACAGAGACAGGGAAAAGGAGAGGGAUGACAGGCAUGGAGGAAGGAGAGACGACAGGGACAGAAGAAGAGACAGGGACAGAGAAAGAGAAAGGGACAGAGGCAGGGAAGAUGGCAGAAGCAGAGGGGAUGCAGAUCGAGAGGACAGACAUGGGAAGAGGGAGAGAAGCCCUAAAGAAUGGGAGAGGAAUAAGAACGGAGAACGAGAGAAGAGGAGGCAUUCGGAUGAGGACAAGCGGAGAGACAAGGAUCGGGAUGAGGAAAGGGAGAGACGGAAGGACCCAGAGAAGGACAAAAAGAGGGAGGAGAAAGAUCCUGAUAAGGCUGAAGAAGUCAAAGAACAGAAGAAAGAAAAGGAAAACGAACAAGGAGACAACAAACAAGGUGAGGAAAUGGAGAAAAACAAGUUUGCCAAGCGCAGCACUGAUCUGACUGUGGUGUCUGCGAGAGAGAGGUACCUGGCCAGGCAGAUGGCACGGUCCAGCGCCAAGAGCUACAUCGAGAAGGAGGAGGACUAACAGCCGAGCAUCAUGGGGCGCAAACGUCACUGAGCUGUAAUGGACACACUCAAACAGCAGAGGGCGCUCAUGGUCUUCAGUGACAUGAACACAGGAGGACAGUAUGGGAUUCAUUUGUGAGUGUUAUGGUGCGACUUGAAUUAAUGUUGAUUUUGAUUUGUAAAUACAUGUAUAAGAGAACUUUUGUUUCAUCACAUACAGUUCUGGAAAAACUGAAGAGAUCCUUGGUUUUAUAAUUUAUAGGCAUGUGUUUGGGUUUUGUUAUUCUUUAGUCUACUGUAAACAUUUCUCCUAAAUUCUAAUAAGACAUUGUUCUUUACAGCCUGUUUAAAAAAAA